CGGCCUCCCCUGACGGGGUGGGGGGCGGGUGCGCGGUGACAGACCGUGCGGGUCGGAGGGGCAGGCUAAGAGGCCGGCGGGGGCCACUCUUCAGGCCUGCGGUUCCCCACGUCCCGCGGAACGGCCGGUAGUAAAGAAUGCUGAUGGGAGAACCAUUUCCCUAAUUUCCAGAUUGUUGACCUGGUUUGCCAUGAUGGAUGAUCAGCAAGCUUUGAACUCAAUCAUGCAAGAUUUGGCUGUUCUGCAUAAGGCAAGUCGACCAGCAUUAUCCUUACAGGAAACCAGAAAAACAAAAUCUUUAUCACCAAAAAAGCAGAACGAUGUCCGAGUCAAAUUUGAACAUAGAGGAGAAAAAAGAAUUCUUCAGUUCCCCAGACCAGUUAAACUGGAAGAUCUGAGGUCUAAAGCUAAAAUUGCUUUUGGACAGUCUAUGGAUCUACAUUAUACCAAUAAUGAGUUGGUAAUUCCAUUAACUACUCAAGAUGAUUUGGACAAAGCUGUGGAACUACUGGAUCGUAGUGUUCAUAUGAAGAGCCUCAAGAUAUUACUUGUAAUAAAUGGAAGUACACAGGCUACUAAUUUAGAACCAUUGCCAUCACUAGAUGAUUUGGAUAACACAGUAUUUGGAGCAGAGAAGAAAAAACGGCAUCCUAUAAUAGGUCCCACUAGUAGAGAGCAAAGCUCCCCUCCCCCAGGAUACAUUCCAGAUGAAUUACAUCAAGUUGCCCGCAAUGGGUCAUUCACCAGUAUCAACAGUGAAGGAGAGUUUAUUCCAGAGAGCAUGGACCAAAUGCUGGACCCAUUAUUUUUAAGCAGCCCUGAAAAUUCUGGCUCAGGAAGUUGUCCAUCCCUUGAUAGUCCAUUGGAGGGGGAAAGCUAUCCAAAAUCACGAAUGCCAAGGGCACAGAGCUAUCCAGAUAAUCAUCAGGAAUUUUCAGACUUUGAUAACCCUAUCUUUGAGAAAUUUGGAAAAGGAGGAACAUAUCCAAGGCGGUAUCAUGUUUCAUAUCACCAUCAAGACUAUAAUGAUGGUCGAAAAACUUUUCCAAGAGCUAGAAGGACACAGGGGACCAGCUUUCGGUCUCCUGUGAGUUUCAGUCCUACUGAUCACUCCUUAAGCACUAGUAGUGGAAGCAGUAUCUUUACCCCAGAGUAUGAUGAUAGUCGAAUAAGAAGGAGAGGAAGUGACAUAGAUAAUCCUACUUUGACUGUAAUGGACAUCAGCCCACCUAGCCGCUCACCUCGUGCUCCAACCAACUGGAGAUUGGGCAAACUGCUUGGCCAGGGAGCCUUUGGCAGGGUCUACCUCUGUUAUGAUGUUGAUACAGGAAGAGAGUUGGCUGUUAAGCAAGUUCAAUUUGACCCUGAUAGACCUGAGACCAGCAAGGAAGUAAAUGCACUUGAGUGUGAAAUUCAGUUGUUGAAAAAUUUGCUGCAUGAGCGAAUUGUUCAGUAUUAUGGCUGUUUGAGGGAUCCCCAGGAAAAAACACUUUCCAUAUUUAUGGAAUAUAUGCCAGGGGGUUCAAUUAAGGACCAAUUAAAAGCAUAUGGAGCUCUUACUGAGAAUGUGACUAGGAAAUACACCCGUCAGAUUCUGGAGGGUGUCCAUUAUUUGCACAGUAAUAUGAUUGUUCAUAGAGAUAUCAAAGGAGCAAAUAUUCUGCGAGAUUCAACAGGCAACGUCAAACUAGGAGAUUUUGGAGCCAGCAAACGGCUUCAAAGCAUCUGUCUUUCAGGGACAGGAAUGAAGUCAGUCACAGGCACACCAUACUGGAUGAGCCCUGAGGUCAUUAGUGGGGAAGGGUAUGGCAGAAAAGCUGACAUCUGGAGUGUGGGCUGUACUGUGGUAGAAAUGCUAACUGAAAAGCCUCCUUGGGCGGAAUAUGAAGCAAUGGCUGCCAUAUUUAAAAUCGCCACUCAGCCAACAAACCCAAAGCUGCCAUCUCAUGUCUCAGACUAUACUCGAGAUUUCCUCAAACGGAUCUUUAUAGAGGCCAAAGUGAGACCUUCAGCUGAGGAACUCUUAAGGCACAUGUUUGUGCAUUAUCACUAGUGGCCAAUAACCUCUCCUGUGCCUCUGCCUGGCUCCCCUCUAUCCAUUCACCUUCUCUCUGACUGCACUUUUCUUUUUUAUAAAAAAGAGAGAUGGGGGAGAAAAAAAAGACAAGAGGGAAAGUGUUUCUCUUGAUUCUUGGUUAAAUUUGUUUAAUAACAGUAACCUAAAUUUUUUAUAUUUAAUCUUCUUUUCUUUUACAAGAACUUGAAACUUUUUUUAAUUUAAUUUUUAUAAUGUACUGAUGUGGUUCAGAGACAUAAAGCACUUUAGUACAUGGUCACUCUUUCUAGAUCAAACAAAUCAUUUGGAAUACCUAAAGAUUGUAGUCUUUCUCUGUGUCACCGACAAAUUGAUGGUGGUGGGGAGACAUGGAAAACAAGAAAAUGAUGCGUGAUUUGUAGUUUUUAAUGAUAGUGUUUAAAAUUAAUUCUCAUUUGUGGGUUUAAGCCCUAAACUCUGUUUUAAAGUAGGUACUCAACUUAAAGAAUAUAGGUUCCUUCUUAUACCUGUAUUCUUUAGAUCCUAACCUCUGUCUACCAAGUUUUUCGUUCAGUAGGAAUCUUGACAGAAAAUACGAAUCUCUAAGAGGUAUGUUUAUUUGUUAAUCCUAGCCAGUAUAAUGAGCAAAUACACUAUAAAAGAUCCAUGUUACUGGAAUCUAUAAACCUUGAGGGAUAGUUUCUAUUUAAAAAAAGAAAAGAUAGUAUUUUAUUUUAAAACAGAUAUGGGAAGUCAGUGAACAAAUCCAAAUUAAAAGACAAAAGGAGGUUGCUCUAAUUCAGUGUGUGAGCAGUAGAAGAGACCAUGUUUGCCCAUCAACAGAAAUAAUGAAAAGUAGAACUAGUUGUUGUUUAGUGUAUUUUAAAUUGUGUUCUUUACCUGAGGGAGAAAGUCCCGAAAUUAAUGGAAAGGAGAAAUUACAAAAAUAAUAUAUAUUAUAUCUUCUUACUUCUAGCUCCUGAUUCCCCAUAGAUCAACAUUCUUAGGAACUAAAUGUUUAACCUGGAGUAUCCAUAAAGCUAGUGUCAUGAGAUAAAACCCUCGUUCUUGGGAUUACAGAAUACUAAAGUACCUCAAAAAACAAACAAAUACUAAAACAGUGGUUCUCAAGGGUGGGGUGGGGAUAAUUUCUUUUGGUAUUUGGCAAUGCUUGUAGACAGUUUUGGUUGUCACAACUUAGGAGGAUGCUAGUGGCAUCUAGUGAGCAGAGGCCAGGGAUACUGCCAAACAAACUACAGUAUACAAGGACAAGUACCUCCUGCCUUCCAAUAAAGAAUUGUCCUGCUCAAAAUUUCAAAAGUGCCAAAAUUGAAAAACUGUGUUGCAAAGACCAGCCUCAAGUUAUAAACUGGUAACAGCCAUUUACAAAGCAGGUUCCUUGCAAAAAGUAAAUUUCAAAGAGAAAGUGAUGUAAUGCAUAAUGAGGGUUUUACAACAGAAGAUAUCACUAGUUCAAGUCAAGGGUGAAUGAUCUGAAUAGAAAGUAGCAAUCCAUUCCUUACCAGCUGCAUAUUGCACCCAAAUCAGUAACUUCCAUUUUAGAAACAAAAUGAAUUUAAACAUGGAGCUUAUUGAACUCAGCCAUCUGUAUAUAUUCUUUCCUUAACUCAAUUUGUAAUUUGGGGGAAAGAAAAGCAUAUCAAAACAAAUAUUAACUACUUUAUAGGAAAAUUAAAAACUACCAGCUGUUUCUAGCAUAACGUAUCCAGUAAGACCAAGGACAUUAAAUGGAAGGAGACAACUAAGAGAAUUCUACUCUAAGGAACUUAUGCUACUGAAAAAUAUGAAUGAUAUUAAUAAUUUGGUGACUUGCAGUUUUUUCACUAUUAAAUAAGUGCUAAGUACUUUAUUUUUAAAGAUUUAGAAAAUAGUAGUCUUCCUGGAGGUCCAUUUAGUGAUACCUUUUAUGAGAUUGAUUUAUAGGGGACUCAGGUAUUUUAUUUUGUGCUAAAAAGUAUGAUCUUUAGGGAUUCUUUUACUGUUCCUGAAGACUUUGGUUUACUGCAACAAGGUCCUUUCUGACGUUCCCUGUAGGAAAUUUGAAAUUCCACAGCUAAUCUGAGAAGUCAAAGCACAAAGAUUCUGCCAUACUUUAUAAUGAAAGAAAGUGGUUCACCAAGAAGAAUAUACAUUAGUGGCCCCUCCCCUGGAAAAUCAACUGUCAAAUCUUUGUGUUGUAAACAUAGCCCCCAAGGAUCUAUUGUAUUUCUUUAUCUUUUAUAAGUGAAGCUAUGUCUCCUACUUGAGUAAGAUCAUAGUAUCUGGAGCAGUGGGCUUUUUCUUUGUUUCUUUGCCUCGUAUGGUUGUGAUUUCCUUCUGGCUCAUUUUUGGUCUGUCAGGGUAACCAGUGGUGCAGAAUAUGAGACAAAUGCUCUUUAAAGAGAAAUCUUGGGAGAUUGUGAAACUCAAAGCAAAAUUAUUUGCAUUUUUCAGUCUCUCUUGUGUUUUUAAAUACUAUAGAAAAUAAAUCUGAAGAGAAACUACUACUUUAACACUGCUGCAGAAGACCUUUGUUUUAUAAUAAGAAAAAUAUUAUUAGCUAUGGGGAAAUGUUGUUCUUUAUGUAAAGACAUAAAAUAGACUAAUAGUUUACAGAGUUAUUAUAUAAAAUGUGAUGUGAAUUGAUUUUAAACAAGUUGUAAAGGUACCGAAACCACAAUAAAAAUUAAUAUAUAUAUAUAUAACAGCUACUACAACAAAAAAGCUUGAAGUGGGUGAGGUAUGAAAGACCAAAAGUAAGUUUAAAAAAGAAAAUUUUGAAGCAAAACACCUCUAUCGGGGCAGUUAGAUAUAACACUCCAACUUAUUAUUUCUAAUGAUGGUAUGAAUCAACAAAUGAAAUUUGAAUUUUUUAAGAUAACUCUAAAUGUGUUUUGUUUUUUAAAUGCACAGCUGAUUCUCCUAUACUGUAAUGUUUCUUUGCUGAGGCUGGAAAAUGAGACUGCUGACUUUGUGCCUUUAAAAUGCAUUCUGCUUUCAUUGUGGCAGACUUUUUGGUGCUGGAGAAGAUUCACUAGCAGUCUCACCUGUGCUUUUCAGGAAGUAUCUUUCUACUUAGGCCUUGAGAGAUUCAAAAUGGCAUUACUUAGGUUUGGGCCAAAUAUAAAAUCUUUUACAUUACAAACAAAAUAUAUUGAAUAAAAGGGUUGAAAAAUAUAAUGGGUAAUGGAAAUUUUGACGGUUGGUAAUUCUUUAAAAUGUAUUUAAAAGUAUAUAUAGACUUUGAAAUUUUUGGUAUGAAUAUCUUGAAAAUUUUUCAGUUUUCCUCAUUUACAUAAUAUGUUUCUAACUUGAAAAAUGGUUAAAGACUGAUGACACACAGGCUGGACUACAAAAAAAAAUAAAAGUUAGAGUAAAUAAAAUUGGCUUUCAUUUGAGAGUCUA